AUGGAAGAAAAUAAUAUUACCGAAGAUCCUGAACAACGUAAAUAUAAUAACAAAACAUGUAAAAAUAAAGGUGAUAUAGGAGAAAUUAAAAAAUCACUCGAUAAAUUAGUUAAUGAAAAAGAAAAAAAAAUAACUGAUCUAGAAUUGAUUAUUACUAAUCUCACUAAGAAAAAUAAUGAAUUAAUGGAAUCUAAUAUUAAUUUAACUAAACAAAUUACGAAUCUAAAUGAAAACAACAAAGAUCCGGAAAAUAAAAUAACCGAAUCAUUAGACAAAACAUCAAACAAAACUAUUACCGAAUUACAAGAAGAAAUCGAAAAAUUAAAAAUUGAACAAAUUGGCCUCGUUAAUUUUCAUACUCUUAAAAAUAAUAUUUCUGAAUUUAUUAUGAAAAAAAUUGUUGAUAUUGUGAUUCUAUAG